AUGCUGCGCAGGGUCAUCUUCAACGGUGCUCGGCAUCACGGCGGGAAGUUGGCGCCUUUAUUUCUUGUCCUAGGCAUUGGGUUGCUGUGCCUUCUGCCAGUGCUGCGCACGCGGAAAAUAUACAUCGAUGAAAACGCGGUCGGCCAAAUGUUCCCGUCGGCCAACGCCGGCUCCGUGACCGCGUACCUCGACCCUACGGUGCGCUGGCCACAACGACUGGUGCGGGGACGGCGUUCUCCCGGGUCCGAGAUUGUGGCUGUGUAUGUGAACACAGAUUAUCCAGCCUCCGUCUCGCUCGCCAACGCCGUGAUCGAGGUGAUCCGCCGCAGGAAGAGUCUUGCCUGUGACGUGCAGUUCUACUUUGUGAAUAGUAGCGAGGAGUGGCCGGUGCCGCAGGCGUACACCCGCGCCGCACUUGUGCUGAAUCUUUCCACUCUGUACAACCGCCACAUAUGCGUAGACACUCUCGGGGAAAACGGCAUCCAGCCCAACCAGGACUACACGAACACCGCUGUUCAGUUUGCCGCUUCGAAUAAGUUUCUGCCCAGUUACCUCUGCCAACGACAGCGUCGCUCCACAGACGAUGCUGACGCCGGCUUUUGGCACUACUGGGCUUACCUUGAGGCGUCUGUGCAGCUCCCAACUCGUCCGCAGCCGUGGCACAUGAUCCCAACUCACAGCAUCAACACCAUUGCUAUAUCCUCCGACACACUGUACAGUGCGAGUUCGAUGUUUCCGCAUUCACAGUUGCCGGAUGCGUUCGCCCAGCUGGUGCUAAAGAUCAUCGUGUCCCUUAAUGGCUUGGAGGAAAAAUACCACCACUCCACCUUUGUGUGGCUGCCCGUGAGCCUGUGGCGUUACGUCGAGUACGAUCACGCACAGUUCUGCAUCAUACUCUUCGUCGCCUCCAUAUUCUCCACGACGUACUCCGAGUAUCAGCUGCGUGGCAUCAGCAUUACCCCGCUGUUCGUGAUGCUGCUGCUCACACCUGUUGCGGCUGCGGCUGCGUUUCAGGUCGCUGGCUGGGGGGCAGCAGCGGCGACGUCGGCCGCGUUUUCGCUGCUCUUCCGGCUUCUCAUGGGCCAUGUCAAUAGCGGCAUGCUGCUCAGCUUCAACGCGAUAGCGCUGUGCCUUCUGAUCAUCCUGCAGCCGGCGUGCGGCUUAGUGGCUGGGGCGGCCGCUGCGAUCCAGGUUUCCUUCAUCCACAAUGCCCUUCAGAACCGCCCCGCCAUGGCUGUCGGCGCCGUCGUAUCGUCGGCGCUCGCCUACUACUUCAUUUACCACCUCCGGUUGCCACUCUUUGGUGUGAACGGCAUCAGCGAGUUGUUCGUGAGCUUUGUAAUUUACCCCAACGCGGUGUGGAUUGGCAGCCGGUUCCUGUGCAUGCUAUAUUGA